AUGCCCGAGAAUAAGAUCUGGUCCGAUGAAGAACUAUUGAGCUCUGGGCUUCUACAUCGCUCGUUGAAAGUUGCACCUCACAUGGUGAAAAAUGCUACUGGCUCCUACAUCCAUCUACAAGAUGGAAGAAGUAUUCUAGAUGCCUGUGGAGGAGCAGCAGUAAUUUCUGUUGGUCACGGUAACACCGAGGUGGUAGAUGCUAUGACAGAGCAAUUAAGGGAGGUAGCCUACAUUCAUACAUCAGAUUUUACUACCAGUGCCUCGGAAAGACUAGCCAAUGUUCUUCUCCAAAACUACAGAGACAAGAUCAGCAAAGUGUACUUCGUCAAUUCCGGCAGCGAGGCAAAUGAGGCUGCCAUCAAGAUGGCGAUUCAGUACUUUUACGAACAAGGAAAGAAGAAUAAGACCCAGUUCAUCUCACGUAAGCAAUCUUACCACGGCAACUGUUUGGGAGGAAUGUCUCUAUCUGGACACAUAGCUAGACGACAGCCCUUCGAAGGUAUCAUUGGCUCGAACUUCCACCAGGUCAGUCCAGCAUAUGAAUACCGUUACAAGAACCUGUACGAAUCCACAGAAUCGUACGUAGAAGAGUUAGCCAAAGAGCUCGAAGACAAAAUCGUAGAGCUUGGUCCAGACAACGUCGCUUGUUUCUUUGCAGAGACAAUUGUAGGUGCCACUACUGGCUGCGUAACAGCUCCCGCAGGAUAUUUCAAGAAGAUCAAGGCUGUAUGUGAAAAGUACGAUGUUCUUCUUGUUCUUGACGAAAUAAUGUGUGGUUCCGGCAGAACAGGCUCUUUUUUUGCCUGGGAAGAUGAAGGGAUAGUUCCGGAUAUCACCACUGCUGGUAAGGCUCUUUCAGGAGGCUACUGUCCACUUUCAGCUGUCUACUUGAACCACAAAGUAGUUGAUACACUAGCUAGUGGAAGUGCAGCUUUCAACUGCGGACACACCUAUCAGGGCUUUGCCUUGUCCAGUGCCGCAGGUCUUGCCGUUAGAGAAAUCAUUGACAGAGAUAACCUUCUCCAAAACGUUAGAGUAAUGGGAACACAUCUUGAAAAGUCUCUUAAACAGGCACUACUUCUGAGCAACAUUGUUGGAGAUAUCCGUGGAAGAGGCUUGUUCUGGGGUAUCGAGUUUGUCGCCGAUAAGGCCACCAAAAAGCCAUUCAUUCCAUCUGCCAGAGUAGGCUACGAGAUCCAGAAGCGAAUCUUUGCGCGCAAUCUAGCAGUGUACCCCGGAUUUGGCACUUUUGACGGGCUUUCGGGUGACCAUAUUCUAAUAGCGCCGACGUUCAACGUGACAGAAGCCCAGAUAGAUGUUAUAGUCCAAACUACAGCUGAAGUCAUUCUUCUCUUCGAGAAGCAGUUUCACAGCGACCAGAUCUGA